AUCACUUGCGGAAGAAGAUAACCCUGAUCCCAUGUACCUAGUUCCCGACCUACUGGAAGAGAUCUUCUUUCGACUGCCACUGAAAUCCAUCGUCAAACUCAGAACCCUCUCAAAACAAUGGAGAUCAAUACUCGAGUCGAGGAGGUUCGAGGAGAGGAGGAGGGGGCGUAUCAUGAAUGCUCAAACGAAGACGACAAUCAUUGCGGGAGGAGACCACGGAAACCAAAUCCCACCGCGGUCCAAAGGGGACGAAGAGGUCGAGAUAGUAUAUCUACAGUGUGAUCUCGCCUCACUACCGUCCAUGUCAUGUGACGGUCUGGUCUGCAUCCCCGAACCAGGCUGGGUCAAUGUUUUCAACCCUUCCACCGGAGAGUCUCUUAGAUUCUCUUCCAGCCGAGAUCCACCGAUUCCCUGUUGUGCUACUGCUAAUCGUUACUCAGAUCAUAUAUUAUAUGAUGUCUUCCCUGGAUAUUGGAGGAUGGGAUUCGGGCGAGACAAUGUGAGUGGGAGCUAUAAAAUAGUGAGGAUGGUCUUUGACAGUCAUUGGGUGAUUCUUGAUGUUAACAUUGGGACGUGGCAGAAACUGAGUCCGCCUCCUUAUGAGAUAGGAUACAAAAGGAAGUCAACAUGUGUAAAUGGGUCCAUCUAUUGGGUAGAAGUAAGUCCUGAUGAUCACAAACUUUUAGCUUUGGAUCUUCAUGCACAAGAGUGGCGUGACGUUGGACUACCGUUAGGAGCACUCGGAAAAUCAUGCCAGGUGGCAAACCUUGACGAACACCGUCUAGCCUUAGCCGCAACCUAUAUUGAGAACGAUCACUGGUUGUUUACUAGGCCAGUGGCGGUUUCUAAGCAAGGAAAUCUUUUCUUGCAAGACAGCAACAAAAGGUUGUUCAAAUGUUACCCAGAGACGGGUGAAGUUCGUUUCAUAGCUGAAGAGAUUUGUGUGAUAUCUCCUUUUGUUGAAAAUUUGGUCCGCCUUGGACGUUUGGACAUCAGGAAACAUGGACUUCAACAUCUAGAUCACGUGCCCUUGUCCUCUCGGAUAUCCAACUUUUUUAGACGAAUGAAACUUAAGACCCCGAGCAUUUUGGCUAUCACCACUGUUGUUGUGACUCUUGUAAUGUUUAGCAAUCGUUCCCGUUUGUCUAGAUCUUGAUAUCAUCUUACGUGGUUUUAUGUUAGUAUUAUCAUGUUUUGCGUUAUCAGAGUAUCAUAAUGUUUAUAGUUGGAAAGGUAAUAUAUGAAAACAGUGCUUUUUUUUA